AUGACAGCCAUGCCAGAGAUAUCGGCGGAGCCGACCAUGACAGAUAUCUGGCGACAGUCAUCCGUCGCCACUGCCAUUGAGCGGCUUCAAACGUGGCGCACGACAGUAUCCACGGACUUUUCGCGGCAGAUCACACCCGCUCCUGUCAGAUCGGGGGCUUCCGUGCGGACGAUCAAUACCUUGGAGACGGGGGCCCUGAGUGAUCUGGUGGAUUACAUGUGCAGCGAGCCCUUGGUCGGGAGCACCAUCACCGAUGUGGAGGUGGAAGAAGAAUCAGAGAAUGCCUCGAGUGAGAAGGAUGACUCGCAGGAGUGUGCCGCACAGACACCAAAAGUUGCGAGUCUUUGGACGGUGGCUACCUGUGGCCUGCCACUCUCGGGGUUCUUUCUAGCUUUCCUGAACGCCACCGUCACAGGCGUGUCAUAUGGCUUCUUCCUGGGCUACAUGGGAUUGGAUUCGAAUGUCAUGAUGUCGGUAACAUCCCUCAUGCAGCUUCCACAAGUGCUGCUUCUUCCCCUGGGGGUGAUGAACGACUGCAUCCCAAUUCUUGGAUACAACAGGAAGCCGUACUUGCUUGCAGCUUGGCUGGUUUGUGGCGGUGCCCUCUUGACCAUGAGCACGAGGCCACUUCCAGCACCCUACUACUGCCAACAUCCUGAUGGCAGCUAUGACACGCUGUCGCCACCGUGCAAUCCGGACAUCCACUCCAUGAAGAACUGGUAUGUCAUCCCCAUGUCCACUCUUGUGGCCGGCAUCCAGUUGGGCUGUGUUGCAGGUGAGGGCUUGUUGUUGGAGUACUCCAAGGCGGAGGCGCCUGAGUGCCGCGGGAAGAUGAAGGCCGAAUUCACCAUGGUCACGAUGGCCGGAUCGCUCACGUCCUCUGCCGUCAUCGGAUUGUUCAUGAACCGCAAGGAGUACUUGGGCACCUUCGACUGGGGUCUAUCCUUCAGUGGCUUGAUGAUCUUGUGCUUUGCCAUCGCGGCCUGCAUGUUGCCGAUUUGUGUGAGGUGCGUCCAUGAGUCCAGGAAGGUCGAGCGCCCAUCCUUCCGUACACAUAUGGAGAGCUCUUGGAGUCUUAUCCAAAGCAAGUGCCUCGCAAGCGUCCUGCUCUAUGCCUUCAUCACACAGUUCCUGAGCCAGCUUACCACUACUGCAAGGCCGUUGGUCCGAUGUAUCUGGGCUGAGGUCAAGGUCCUGCAGGCACAGUUCUUCCAGAUGGGAGGCAUGGUCAUGAUGAUCGUUGUAGUUUGGAUUUACAAGGUUUACUUCUUGCAGUCAUGUUGGAGGAGAUCGAUCUUCGUGGCCAUCUUGGCAGUGACGCUGAUGGACUCCAUCCCAUCUUUCUUUGCAGUCUUCGACGUGAUUCGGAAUCAGUACUUCUUCCUUGGUGAUGAAAUGGCCAGUUCUGUGCCCACUGCAGCUCUAGGCCUGAUUUUGAACCUGAUUGUCAUCGAACUCUCCGAGCCCGGACAGGAAGGCUUGUGUUAUGGCUUGGUUGGAACCGUCAUGCACUCCAGCCAGCCAGUUUCCACGGCAGUGAGCAAUCAAGUCUCCAGCCUCUUUACUCCCUCCUUGUCUAAACCAGAGAACUACGCCAUGGACACGCCAAGUUUUCGAACGACUGUAGCUUGGUCCUAUGUUUUCACUUAUGGCGCCUCCCUGCUUGGUGCUUGCGCGCUUCCCUUGAUCCCGCGGCAGAAGGCAGAUGCCCAACGGAGGAAGUUGGAGUGGAGCUCCAGUCCUCUCAUGACUGCUUUGGUCUUAGGCGUCCCAGCUCUCUGUCUCCCGUACGGCGUCACUGUCCUGGUCCUCACUAGCCAACCAGACACGGCUUGUUUGCGUUGGAUCGGCGGCCAGGGUUGCGAAAACCUUGUCUGA